CAUAGUACAGGAGAUGACCAGAGACUGCAGACAUAGUACAGGAGAUGGUCAGAGACUGCGGACACAGUACAGGAGAUGACCAGAGACUGCAGACAUAGUACAGGAGAUGGUCAGAGACUGCGGACACAGUACAGGAGAUGACCAGAGACUGCGGACACAGUACAGGAGAUGACCAGAGACUGCGGACACAGUACAGGAGAUGGUCAGAGACUGCGGACACAGUACAGGAGAUGGUCAGAGACUGCGGACACAGUACAGGAGAUGGUCAGAGACUGCGGACACAGUACAGG